ACAUUUUUAUUGUUGCGGACCAACAUGGCCGCGCUGAGGAGCCUAACGACCUGCUUCCGUCUCCUCAGGAGAUCAGCUCCUGUCCUGUUCAGCAGCAGAAAACCUGCAGUCCAUAAAGCGGUCAAAUGGACAAAUGUCCUGUACACGGGUAUAGCGUCUCUAACUGUGGGCGGAGGGCUGUGUGCUAUACCUUUCAAACAGGUUGAAAACCUCUCUCGUGACUCUCUGAUCAGACGAGCAGCCUCUCUUGUUACAGACAGUUCAAGCACUUUUCUCUCUCAGACCACUUUGUCUCUCAUAGAUGCCAUUACAGACUACUCAAAAGCUGUGCACACACUCAUUGCCCUUCAAAGACAAUAUUUGCAAUCACUGGGAAAACUGACUCCUGCAGAAGAGGAUACAAUCUGGCAGGUGAUCAUUGGCCAGCGUUCAGAGGUUAGUGACCGACAAGAUGAAUGCAAGCGUUUCGAGUCAACCUGGGUCACUGCCGUCAAGCUGUGUGAAGCGGCAGCUGAGGCAGCAUACACCUCAGGAGCUGAACAUGCGUCGAUCACAGUGAGGACAAACCUUCAGGUGGCCCAGACGCAGGUGGAGGAAGCACUGAAACUGUCGGUGGAUACGGAUAAGAAGUUGUCCGAGACUAAAGUAAUGGAGGUUGAAAGGGUGAUGCAACAUGUUGCCUCCUUACAGAAUAGUGGUGAGGAGGAAGAGGUGCCUGAGGCUUACCUAAGAGAAGACUGAAACAAAUGCACAGUUAUCAGGAAAACCUCUUCAUCAUUUAACAAUGUCUUCUCACUUUUUGAGUCUUCAGCGUGUGUGGCUGUGACUUGUCGUGUAGAUUGUGCUCCAAUGAAUGUGCUUACAUCGGCACAAAAGCUGUAUUGCGGAAAAAGUGAAUUGCACCAAAAGGAGGACGUCUCCACAGUUCAACACAUUCUGUUAAGUGUUUGGUCAUUUAAGACUUUGAAUAAUGAUUAUCAACUGCUCCUGAAGCAUAGAGAAUUAUGUUUUUAUUGUGACUUGACCAGCUGAUUUUUGUGUUGUUCCAAAAUUCAUUGUAAUAAAGACAAGACGCAGUUUAAAAACUA